AUGGUUGAGGCUUUUUAUGAGGGUAAAAAUAUUCUUGUGACAGGCUGUACAGGAUUUGUUGGAAAAGUCCUUUUAGAAAAGAUUCUAUACUCCCUACCACAAAUUAAUACAUUAAAAUGGCGACACGUGUCAAGCUGCUCUCUUACUCCCCCCAAGAUAGAGACAUUUUUACUUGGAAAAAUGUUUCUAUCUUGGGGGGAGUUAGCGCAAAAGUCGACACCUUAUGAUCUUGGUGACUCCGAAUCAAGAAUCAAGUGCAGGCCCAAGAGAUGUGCAUUCAGGUAGGUUUUAGCUGCUUUACUGUGGUUGGAAAUGGAGAUGCCCCAACAGCAUCCUUUCAAUCAGAGAACCAAUGGGCAUUCCUCUACCGAGAAACUGGGGAUUUCUGCCCAGGCCAUAGGGGAAUAGUCUUUUUCAUAUAGCUGUUGAAAGAAGGUGCUUCAACACCCGAUAGACUCUAAAGAUCUGAUCCAUGGAAUCAAGCUAAUCCAAUCGCCCGGAGCAGGGCCACAGAAAUCCAUAAGCCUCCCACUCAAGGCAGAAGCCGCAAGGCAAGGAGGAGACAGAAGGCACCUGAAGUGGCAUCCACCUUCGCGGGAAAGACCCUCUGGGAUUCGAACAGUGGCUGAACCUCCCAUACGGGAGGUCUUUGGCGACUGCAUCACAAAUAUGGUUAACGCCUGACUUUAAUAACCUAACCUUCCACAAAUUAACAGAAUUUACGUCUUCAUUCGACACAAAAAAAACACUAUCGCUGGCGAAAGGUUUAGAAAAGAAAUAAUUGAUUCGCCUAUUUUUGAUAGACUUAGAGCAAGAGAGCUUGCCUUUGAUGAUUUCAUUCAAGCAAAGGUAUUUCCAAUUGAAGGUGACCUUCAGCAAGAAGCCUUAGCCUUAUCCCCUCAAGAUCGUCAACAUUUGAUAGACAAUGUAAACAUCAUUAUGAACUCUGCAGCUUCAAUUGAUUUCAAUCAAAGACUUGACCAAGCUUUACAAAUAAACACAUUGGGGACCCUAAGAGUUAUAGACUUAGGAAAGCAAUGCAAGAAUUUAGUAGCCUUUGUGCAAGUCUCAACUGCUUACGUCAAUUGCAUACAAAAAGGAUGGGUCGAAGAAAAAAUCUAUCCUGUCAGUUGGAAGCCUAGGCAGCUAUUGCAAGAUUUAUUGCAGCUUAGUGUGGAAGAAAUUGAAAGAAGGACACCAGAUAUUAUAACUCCUUACCCAAAUACUUAUACAUUUACUAAAAACCUAACUGAGAAUUUAAUAAAAGACGAAGUUAAAGAUAUGCCCAUUUGCAUUAUGAGACCUUCAAUUAUUGGGAGCAGCUGAAGAGAGCCAGUCCCAGGGUGGAUUGAUAGCGUUUCUGCAGCAGGAACCUUUUUCUUCUCCAUCGGGCUUGGAAUUCUUAAAGUAGGGCUUGGGAACAGAAAAACAAUUUUGGACCAAAUCCCAGUUGAUAUCGUUGCAAACGGUAUUAUAGUAGCAGCAGCUAAGCUUUGCAGGCCAAACAAAGUAGAAAUUUUGAUGCUUGGCACAAGUUCAGUUAACCCAGUGACUUUGGGUACUUGUGCAGACGUAAGUUCUAACUACUGGCAAAAGUUUCCAUCAAGCAAAGCUAUUUCUUCUGUAAGUAUAGCAUUUUACAAAAACUUGAAAGCUUAUGAUGCAAUGCAUAAAGUCAGGAGGCAGCUUCCAGCCUGACUGUUCUUAAAGUACGGACAAUUGACAGGAAACCAAGCAGUUGUCAAAAAUGCACUUAGGUUUAAAAAAGUGUUAGGAAGAGAACGAGUGAUUGGACAAGUCUUUUCCCAUUUCACUUUAAACGAUUGGAUCUUUUCGAGCCAAAAUCUAAGUGCUUUACAGAAAGGCUUAACUCGUGAUGAAGCUAUGAAAUUCGACCUAGACAUCACUAAAAUAGACUGGAGAAUAUUCCUUUCUAACUUCUGCUAUGGUCUUAAAAAAUUCGUGCUGAAAGAGCCAGCCGACCCACCUUCAGCAGACUCCACAUCUCUUAACAUCAAUUGGGAUUACCGAAAACGCCAAUAUUUCUCUGAUAUCACUUGGGCCUAUAACCACGGAGAACCAAUGUUCAUAAGAGGACUUCAUGAAAUGAAAUCAAUGAUCAUCAAUGCUCCUAAGGUCCAAGAAGUGAUCCGAAAGCUUGCAGAGGAAGAUAAAAAUACCAGUGAAAGCGCCUUGCACAGAAAAGCUCAACACAUCAUCGACAGAAUGGCUUGCGACCUUAGAAUGCCAAUGGUUAGGGUAUUUGGAUGGUUCUUGAGGAAAAUUUGGAGAACGAUUUAUGAAAAAGUUGAAGUCAAUCAGGAAGCUCUUAUGAAAAUUAAAGAAUUAAAACUGAAGAAUACAGGUCCUAUUGUACUGGUGCCUACACAUAGAAGCUAUAUCGAUUUUUUGAUUAUGUCUUAUGUAUUUUUUUCAUUCAAUAUCAAAAUACCAUACAUUGCAGCCACUGACGAGUUUUUGAGUAUCACUCUAAUCAAUCAUUUAUUAAGAACGACUGGGGCUUUCUUUAUUAAAAGAAGAGUGUCAGGUGACCACUUGUAUGCAGCUAUUUUAUCUGAAUACAUGAAGCAGUUGUUAAGAGACCAACAAAUUCUUGAAUUUUUCGUUGAGGGAACUAGAAGCCGGACAGGAAAGACUCUACACCCUAAAUUUGGGCUUCUUUCAAUGUGCACUGAAGCCUUUUUUGAAGGAGAAGUUCAAGAUAUCCAUUUUGUCCCAGUCACAAUUAACUAUGAAAGAGUCCUUGAAGGCGAAACUUUUCCUUUUGAGCUUCUUGGUGAAGAAAAAGUAAGGGAAUCUUUAUUAAGAGUUGUGAAAUCAUCAAAAAUUUUGAAUAUGAACUUUGGGAAGAUUUAUGUCACUUUAAGCGAACCAAUCUCAAUCAAAGCUUUUUCGCUCUCAAAAGUCCCAUCUAAUCAAAUCGUCAACCACCAGGCCAAAGAUAACAUCAACAAGCUUUUAGGCUAUGAAAUAGUUUACAGGCUCCAAGACCAUAUAAUGAUUAUGCCAACUUCUCUAGUAGCCGCAGUUCUUCUUAUGCAUAGAAGAGGUGUCUCUGACGAUGAACUUGUUUCUAAAGUAGAAUGACUCCGAGACGAAAUUAAAAUCCGAGGCUGGAAAGUCGGAGGAGUUGACAGUGGCAGUGCCCAGGCUUCUGUACGAAAUGCAAUAAGCCAUCUAGGCAACACAAUUUCGCACAAAAAAGAUGUUUUCGAGCCAAGCAUCUCUAUGAGAGAUGACUACAAAAAUAUUUUGCUGCUUUCCUAUUAUAGAAAUGCUUUGCAUCAUAUUUUUAUUGGUGAGGCCCUUUGUGCAUGUGCUUUAUAUAGUUUCGGAGAAAAACUUGCCUGGAAUUCUGGGGUCUCAAAAGAAAGAGUUAUUGUAGAGACCUUAUUUUUGUGGAAUUUAAUUGAAAAAGAGUUUGUAAGCAGAUUUUCAACGUCAAAAGAAGAAGCAAUUGAGAAUUCUUUGAAGGUGUUGAAGAAAAGAGGGGUUUUAGAAGAAAUUGAGGAUAAAAUAAAAAUCAAGCAAAAUGGAGAGCUGAUGAUCUCAUUUUUAUGCUCCCUUUUGUGGCCUGUUAUUGAUUCAUAUUGGGUAACAUUAGUAUUUUCUUUAGCUUUAAGAACAAGGCAGCAUCCUAAAUUUGAGAAAGCUUUACAAAACGUUCAAUGGUUUGCAGAAAACAUGUAUGAGGAAAGAGGUCUAGCAUUUUACGAGUCUUGCUCAUUAGAAAACUUAAAAAAUGCUCUUCAUACAUUUGAGAAAAUGGGAGUCAUAGAGCAUAGUGGCCCUGAAAAACUUCUGACAAUUUCAGAAACUUACUCGAAAAAUGAAGCAAAGCUGGAAGAACUGCUAGACCAUAUUGGGAAUUUCCGCAAAACGUCAAUGACAAGCACACUUAGCUCUUAUGAUGAUCUGAAGCGAGCGCUACUGGAUGAGUUUCCUUUAAUGCCUAAGAUUUAA